AUGGAACAUCAAUUUUUGUUGUUAGAUGAAAGUAUGGCCAGUUUCUUUGAGGACAGAUGCGGCUUCAAAGAAGAAACAAGGGAACAAAUGAGGAUUGAUCGCUACUUUGGCCAACAACCAGAGUGUAGCCGUCCACGAUACCAGCAAAGAUCAGUAGAUCAGCUGAGCAAGCGUGUGCAAAAGUUCGUCUCUUAUGAAGAUACAGACAACAGGAAGCGUGAUGUGGUACUGAUGAAGCUGGACGAAGGAGCAUACCGAAAGUAUGCAGAUGAGGUACUGCCUGCCAAACCACACAAUCUGGAUUUGAGCACAACAAUCGGAAAUCUACAGGAGCUCUUCCCAUACAAGAAAACGUUGAUAAGAAGAAGAUUGGAGUGA